GUUGGGUUUAAAUGCAGCCCCGCCUCUAUAAAGGGACGCAGCGACGUUCACUGGUUGUUAGGCUGGUUGCUAGAGAAAUUAUUCUCUUUUUGUGAGAUAUCUGUGGUAUUAAGAGAUGGUGAUGACAGGCUAACACCGGGAUACAACCAAACAACGCAGUUAUGUCCUCGGCCAAGGAAGACACGUUAUCGCCAGACGAGCUGAGGAAGAGACUCUAUCAGACCUUUAAAAAUAAAGGAGUUCUCGAUACACUCAAAACUCAGCUGCGGAAUCAGCUCAUCCAGGAGUUAAAGCACCCACCUUUGACUGGAGGAGAACCAGUUCCCAGACCAGUACCUGUGAAAUCUGAACCCCUUUUCGUCUCAGCCUGUAACAGCAUAGUGGCUGAUCAUCUCCGCACCUCUGGCUAUGAGUACACCCUGUCUGUAUUCCACCCUGAAAGUGGCCUAUGCAAAGACAAGGUUUCCACCAAAGGAGACCUUCUUCAGCUUCUGAGAAUAAGUCCCGAAUCAGCCCUUUUCAGAUCCCUGUCUUCAAACAAAGAUGACAAAGUAGGGUUCCUGGUCACCCUUCUGAAACAGCUGACACCCCACCACACUCACGCGCUGCGCCAGGAUGCUGACACUCAGACAACCAGCAUAGCAAGUUGUGGAGAGUCUCUUGUUGAGAAGAUGAAAAUGAUUGAUAAGGAAUAUGAGAGCUUCACUUACAGUGGGGACAAAUGGUUUUCAUUCCAAUCAAAACUGGCUGCCUAUAGGAAAGAAAUGGAGGCACAGAUGCAAGCAGAAAUGAACACAAAGAUGCAACAUUUUAAAGAUGUUGAAAUCGCCACGGUGAGGAUGGAAGAACAAGCGAAAUUUCACAGAGAAUUUGAUAAGCUCAAGCAAGAGCUGGAGAGGACUUAUGAAAUGAAGGCGAAGGCGCUGAUGGGCCGGGAGAAAAAUGCCAUUGAUCGGUUACAAAAACAACAAGAGAUUGAAGAAAAAAAUGUGUACAUGCAGAGACAAUCAGUCCUGAAAGAAAUUGAAACACUGCGGAACAGAGAAAACGAGCUGCGGAUGAGAACGGAGGCUUUUGAAAAGACUUGUCAAAUACAUGAGGAGAAAGUCAAGACAAUGGAAGACCUGCUGAGGAGGAGAGAACUGGCAGUGAAGACUAUGGAGGACACGUACGACCAAAGGCUGAAGAAUGAACUUUCUAGGUAUCAGCUUGAGUUGAAGGAGGAAUUUAUCAGGAGAACAGAAAAACUAACUGAGAAUGAGAACAGAAACAAAAUGGAAACUGCUCGUAUCCAGAAGGAGUCAGCAGUGAUUAAUGGCAAAUUAGAGGAGCACACUAGAGCAUGUUCAGAGCUGAGGCGGCUUCAGGUUGAGCUAGACACAGCACAGCAGCAGAUUUCUCUGCUGACUCAGCAGAAGGAGUUGUUGAGAGAGAGACUGGAGAGCGUGAGUGACUACCCCAGUUUGAAAAGAGAGAAAGCAGAGCUGCAGGGGAAGCUGCGGCUGCUAAAGACACAGCUGGAGGAAGCCCAAGAGGAGAACCAGCUUCUCCAUGCUGAUUUGGGAAAGCCGUCCAAAGAGCAGCUGGCCCUGCAGAUGGAGCUACGGAAGCUGCAGAAUGCUCGUCGGCUGGAUGAGGAAGAGUUUGACAACCACAAACAGGUGCUGCAGGCACAGCUCCAGAGUGAGGUGGAGCGGUGCGCUCAGCUCAACGCUCAGUUGAUAGAGUGUGAGGAGAAGUCACAGUGGAUGAAUAACCACAUUGAGGACAUCAAGAUGCAGCUUCGCCAAACUCAACAAGCUCUUGAAAAUGAAGUGCUACGUAACCCCAAGCCCUCUCUUGUUGAUCGCUCAGUACUGGAGCUCGGCGCUGACAAGCUAGUUCCCCCUGACAUCUAUGUGGACAGAGCUCUGCUAAGGGCCAGGGUGGGUUAUGAUGAUGUUUGUGAAGCAGGUGGGCCCUCACGAGGACACAAGGCGCCUUGGAGUGACUCUCCAGACUCUGACAUGGAGAUGGUGGCUGAAGCCAAGGCUCGGAUCCAGGAGCUGCAGAAGGAGGCAGAGACUUUGGAGGAAGCCUACAGGAACUACCAGCAGAGGGCAGUGCGCACCACCAUCUCACACAUGCUUCCCCCCAGAGCGCAUCCUUCACAUCGCCCUGACUCUCCUCAAAGAAAACAAAUAUCUCACCAUUCACACACCCACUCACCCCACAAAUCAAAGGUCUCCCACAGACCACUGUCUCCACAAACCAGAACCCCCUCCUUGGCACCUUAUGACACCAGAAACACUGUACCGCCUGCACAACCGAGAGUGACUUUCUCAGAAGACCAUAACCAACCACAGUCCACAGCUUUCAUUGACCACAGUCUCCAUUCAUUUACCGAAUCUCUGUUUCUACGAGAUGGACGCCCUCAGGAUGGAAGCAGCCCCCCACCCAGACGUCUAUCCUCCACACCACACUUUUCCUCCAGGAAAAAGCUUCAAAGAGAGAUUUCAGAAGAAGCAGUUGUGUCUCCGGUGCCGUUUAUGGAGCUGUCGUCUGACGGGCAGCUCCCUCAUGCCCCCCACGAAGAGGUGGCGUCCACAGGUGACUUCUCCCCAGAGCUCAGUCCACCUCAGAGUCCUCAGCUCAAGAGCACAGCACGAGACCAGUCCAGUCCACUAAAGUUACAGCCUGUGCUGUCCAGCUUGGAGUCUUCCCCAGAGCCUGAGAAAAUAAGCCUUGAAGAUCUCACAGGGAUUUUGUCAGAGCCCGGACACAUUCCAGAGCUUCUCCUGGACACUGCCGUCCCUCUCUCCGAGGAGGCCCCUGACGGCCCCAAUGUCCCCCGCCCACCAGACCUCCCAGAAGACCCAGUAGACUCGCAGUGCCAGGAGGAAGUUCCACAAACUUCAGGUGAAUCUGCCAGGGAAGAAGAUGAAGAAGUUGAGGAGCAGAGGUGGGAAAGAGAGCGGAAAGAAAGACUAGAGCGAAGGCAAAGGGAACAAGAGGAAGCCAGAGAACGGGAGCUGCAAGAACUUGAAAGACUGGAGAAAGAGAUGGUUUUGCAAGAGGUGGAGCAACCGCCAGGAGAAGAGGGAGAAACUGAAACUGAGAAAGGAGGAGAUGAAGAGCAGAAUCAAGAGGCAGAUAAUGACGGGGAGGAGUCUAAAGGUGAAAAUCCAUUGGAGAAAUACAUGAAGAUGGUCCUGGAGGCAAGAGAGAAGCAGCAUGCACAGAGCCCUGGAAGAGAAGAAGCAGCACACACGAGCCCAGAGGCCAAGAGUUUGUCUGAGGAGAAAGACGAAAGCAUUGCAGCAUACUCGCACAAGGAUGAAGAUGAUGAUUUCUGGUGAGCUGAUUGUCCCAGAGAGCGAUCACAAAAAACUUGUUCUGUUUUUAACAGUGCAAAACAUGUAUUGUUUAUGUAAAGAUUUCAUGUUUCAGUAUGUAUAUAUGAAUUUUUUGUUUUGUUGUUUUGCCAUAUGUACGAAUACAUUUUUUUUUUUUUGUAAUUUUCUUUUGGAUUGACUGUUAACCACCAAAAGAGAUGUCCCACCAUACAAAAGAAAAAACACGACAGAGAGAAGUUUCUUAUUUUAUUUAUUUUCGUAAAAACAGUCAACAGGCCAGUUCGGAAAUGUCAUGAAGGGGUUUCCAGUCAGACAGGAUGCUGGAUUCUUGUCCUCGUGGUGAUUGAUAGGUAGCCUUUAUUCUUUAGUUUUUUUGGUUCAUUCAACAGGAAACACAGCGUACAGAGAUGUACUUCUUGUACAUCUGUCAUCUUUCUCCUCGGUCACUGUAUGGUUUUAUGCAGGUUUUGCACUACAGUAUCUCUGAUACUGUGUAAAACACUGGGCAGGGAGUCACAAUGGCAUUCAAACUUUGGCUAGAUUUUACCGUUUAGAUUGCCGUACAAUUUUAUAAAUGACUUGUGUUGCAUCUUAUUGUUACUUGAAAGUUGAAUUAAAAGUUAAGCAUCAGUAAUUCACGAGGAAGCCCCUGACAUUCAUAGAAAAAUACAGGUAUACUAUCAGGCAACAAAAUAAUAUAAUAAACAAGACUCAUAUACUUUUGACUUAAAUGAAAGAACCUAAAUAAACACCUAUAACUAAUCAGCUACAUAAAAUGGAUUAAUUUGUAUUCAGUUAGAAAAAAAGGAAACAGGCAAACACUGCCUACUACUGAUGUCAGUAUACAUGACUGUACAUCACGUGUCACUGCAGUAACAGUUAUCUUCAUGCAACAAAGAAACAUCAAGUUAUCCCUGUAACUCAACUAAUAGAAAUAAAAGAUUACAUGAGUAAUUAUGUCAGCAUUAUGACAAUUGCACAUUAAAAACAGGUGCAAUUAUAGAAAAUUAAGAGAGAAAAAUUAAGUGGUGUAUCUUCAAAAGUAACAAAACACUAAAAA